UCUCCCUAGAGCAACUCACCCCCCGUGCGCUGCAUUGAUCGUCAGGUCCCAACCCAGCCUCCUCGCAUAUCGCAUUGCAUCUGCGAAAUCAAGUUCAAAUUACUCUAGAAGAUCUCCACCCCCCCUCGUACCCCCGUACCCCCACAAAGAACGAAGGAAGACGGUUAGACAGUGCGCGACAAUUGCUAUCUAGAAGCAAAUCCACCCAUCAAUCCAACCCAAAAAUGCAAGCAACCCAAGCCCGAACCCAAAAGCUCGCCGACAACCUGCGCACCAUCAUUUCCCGCGUCUCCGCGGUUCCUACUAGCCGGCAGGUGCGUCUAGUAGCCGUCUCGAAGCUGAAGCCCGCGGCGGAGGUGCUCGCCCUGCACACUGCCACGGGACAUCGCCACAUGGGCGAGAACUAUGUUCAAGAGCUCCUCGACAAAGCCGCGCAACUCCCGCGCGAAAUCGACUGGCACUUCAUCGGCCAGCUGCAAACCAACAAGUGCCGCAAGCUAGCCGAGGAGAUCCAUAACCUAUGGGCCGUCGAGUCCGUGGACACCUGCAAGAAGGCCGAUGCGCUGGAGAAGGGCCGGGAGGCGCUCACGGCGCGGGAGCCAGAGACCAGUAAGCUGCGCGUUUACGUGCAGGUCAACACUUCCGGUGAAUCCUCGAAAUCCGGCUGCGCGCCCACCGACGCCGCCGGUAUCGCGCGGCACAUCCGCACCGCGUGCCCGCACCUGACGCUGCAGGGACUGAUGACGAUCGGGAGCAUUGCGCGGUCGCAGCGGGCGUUCUCGGAGGAGAACGAGGACUUCGUGCUGCUCGCGGCGACGGCGCGGGGUGUUGAGGAGGAGCUAGGUCUGAAGCUGCCCGAGGAGCAGCUCGAGCUGAGUAUGGGCAUGAGCAGCGACUUCGAACAGGCUAUUGCGGCGGGGGCGACGAGUGUUAGGGUCGGAACGGCGAUCUUUGGCGAAAGGCGGCCGAGGCAGGGUGCUCAAGCUAUGAUGGAUGUGGUCACUGAACAGAAGGCUUAGGCGUGCUGUUGUGCUUUCUCAUAGAACAAUGCUUAGAGGUUGGUUGUGUCGUGAUCACGAAACCAAGAUGAGGUA